AUGGCCAUGUUGAGCUGGGGUGCUCCCGCUGAGAGCCCUCACAGGUGUUCUCCGUGCCAGCUCUGGGUACAUUUAAAACUUGGUCCUGCUGUCCGCGCCACACAUCCUGCCAAGUCUGUCGCCAACAACAACAACGCCAUGGCAGAACAGAACACUCCCCCACUCUCCCACUGUUCCUUCUACCUGCCCAGCCUUCUGUCCCGUCCUCUCCGCAAACUCAAGUCAAGUGUCUACCUCUGCUUUUUACCUAUUCGCAUUAGUAUGAAAUAUGUUCCUCCCACACGCCACAUUCCAGGGUCUCCGAAGAUCCCAUGA